GUUGCACUACUUUUGCAAAGUUGGCUCACUGCUUGAUCGAUUAGCUUCUCCAAAACUCUGUAGCUUUUUUGUUAAAGCAAAGCGGUUGAAGUUUAAAGCGGAAAACUUUCGGCGUUUUACCACUUUUACGAUGCCUAGUGUCAACCCUGAUCCAUCUGAUAAGGACUCGGAGCAAUUCGUGGAAAUUGAUCCAACGGGCCGCUAUGGCCGCUACAACGAGCUGCUUGGGUCUGGGGCAGUGAAAAAAGUGUACCGUGCGUUCGAUCAAGAAGAAGGCAUAGAAGUAGCAUGGAACCAAGUGAAGCUAAGAAACUUCACCUACGAUCCCACCAUGAUCGACAGGCUCUACUCCGAGGUCCGGCUACUGAGAACCUUAAAGAACAAGAACAUCAUUGCCUUGCACAACGUGUGGAGGGACGGGGAAAACAACACCCUGAACUUCAUCACCGAGGUGUGCACGAGUGGGAACUUGAGGGAAUAUAGGAAGAAGCAUAGGCAUGUUUCGAUGAAGGCGUUGAAGAAGUGGUCUAAGCAGAUUUUGAAGGGGUUGGACUACUUGCACACCCAUGAGCCUUGUGUCAUUCAUAGAGAUCUCAAUUGCAGCAAUGUCUUUGUCAAUGGGAACGUUGGUCAGGUAAAGAUUGGUGAUUUGGGAUUGGCAGCAAUAGUGGGGAAGAGCCAUUUGGCGCAUUCGGUAUUGGGGACGCCGGAAUUCAUGGCACCGGAGCUUUACGAGGAGGAUUAUACAGAAAUGGUGGACAUCUACUCGUUUGGAAUGUGCAUACUAGAGAUGGUGACUUUGGAAAUUCCAUAUAGUGAGUGUGACAACGUUGCUAAGAUAUACAAGAAGGUGUCAUCUGGGGUGAGGCCUCAAGCAUUGAGCAAGAUCAAGGAUAUGGAGGUGAUGGCAUUCAUCGAGAAGUGCCUCUCCCAGCCGAGGGCUAGACCUUCUGCGGCGGAGCUCCUAAAGGAUCCGUUCUUUGAUGAAGUUGAUGAUGAUGAAAAUGAUGAAUUCUUUGCUUCAUGAUGAGCAAUAUUGUUUUCCAAGUGUGCUUAAAUUUACAAUUUGUUGUUUCAGUCUAGUUCUUUUUCAAUUGUAUUUGUUCAUUUUUAUUAUUUGUGGUUUUUGGAGGGGCAUAAGGAGGGUGGGUUUUGGCUUUGAAAUCAUAUUCAUUUUCUUUCUCUUUUAAAAUGGAGGAAUUGAAUAUUAGAAUAGGGGAGGUGUUUAAUUGGGGAUGCUGUUGUUUUGUACAUUGGAUUUGAUGUUUGAACACAACAAAAGUUGAAGUUAGAAAAG